GUCGGUCGAGCUUUUGACUUGAACAGCAAUAAAUCCUUCAAAAUGCCGUCGACUGAGCUCACUACCAAGGUGACCUCUGGUUCACCGUAUCAGCUUGACAAGAAUCAGGUCAGCAGAGCGUCGUCUGCCCUUCUGCGACACAUCAAGUCGAAGCAGGAAGAAGAGGAAAAGAAUGCGACCAAGAAGACCCUGAUUGGAGACAAUGACGAGGAUGAAGAAGGCGCACCGCUUCACAACGAAGCCGUCUGGCUCGUCCUCACCACUAAGAAGCACGUCGUGGACAAGAACCGUUUGAAGCCCGGAAAAAUCAGCAUUCCUCACUCCCUCAAUUCCUCGCCCUCUCUCAGCAUUUGCCUCAUCACCGCGGACCCGCAGCGCGCGGUCAAGAACAUCGUUACCGACCCGUCCUUCCCUCAAGAUCUCACCUCCCACAUCGACCGGGUAAUUGGCUUCUCGAAGUUGAAGAGUAGAUACCAGAGCUUCGAGAGCCGGCGACAACUUCUCUCUGAACACGAUGUCUUCUUGGCCGAUGACCGUAUCAUUAUGCGCUUGGUGAACACUCUUGGAAAGAUUUUCUACAAGUCGAGCAAGCGGCCCAUUCCGGUUCGCAUUGCGGAGAUCGAGAAGGUGGACGGUAAGAAGGUUAAGAAGGACCCGAAGCUGAAGAACAACAACUCGGAUGAAAAGUCUAGCGCCUUCGCGUCACCAUUGAUCAUUGCCAAGGAGAUUGAGAAGACUUUGAGCUGUGCCCCUGUGCAGCUCGCCCCUGCUACUACAGCUUCCAUUCGUAUCGGUUCGUCCAAGUUCACCUCGGAGCAGCUUGCGCAAAAUGUCGAAGCCGUGGUCAAGGGUCUGACAGAGAAGUUCAUCACAAAGGGUUGGAGGAAUAUCAAGGCUAUCCACGUCAAGGGCGCAAGCACCAUGGCGAUGCCAAUCUGGCUUGCAAGUGAACUUUGGGUGGAUGAGAAUGAUGUGUUGGAGAACAAUGCCGAAGAGACCAAGGCCAUCGACGGUGGAAAGAAGCGCAAGUCGACAGGCGACGACGAGAAGCUAUUGGAGGACAGCAAGAAGUCCAAGAAGACCAAGGCCACUGAAGACAAUGACGAGGCUGCAUCGUUGGCUGUACGGAAACAGAAGCUUCAGCAGCAGAAAGAGAAGGCUUUGGAGGAUGGCAAGGCCUCGAUCAGUCAGAAUACUGGAAACGCAACAAAAGCCAGCAAAAAGAAACAAAAGUCGACCACUUAAUAAUUCCCCCUUCCUGCGCAAGGUGUUCUACUGGUUGUAUUUGUCGAUUUGCAAGCACUAUCAAUGUAUGUAUGGGUUAUAUACGGCGGCGUACCGAAUGUCACGUGUGUCAAUUUCUCCGUACUUUCUUGGUUUUUUUUUUUUUUUCUUGUUAGAGUAGGGCGUGUUUAUACCCCUUGGAGGAGAGCCAAAAGUUAUUGCCAUUGCAACUAUAGCUAGAAU